AUGUUUGCAUCAAUUCUUACUGCCGAUAUGGCUUACAAGCGCACCUCCAGCGACCGCACCCUCGACUCCCGCAUCUCCAAGACACACAUCACCCGUGUGCACAUCCAUCCCGGCCACGAGCCGCAUCCAGCAGUACGAACGACGAAGAAGCGCAACCAGGUACCUCGACGGAUAGACAUUCUACCCCCUCGCCUUACCAGCCCAAGCUCGAUGCAUAAACCCUUCGACGCUCGCUUCGCGCGACAUAAGUCGAACUGGCGGUCUAUAGCACACGGCUUUGUGGAGCAUGAAAAGGAGAAGUUGAGGAGAGCGGAGGAAGACGAGAUGGAGUGCGAAUACGAUACUAUGGACCAACUAGCUGCGUUUGAGGCGAGCGGUGGGGUGUUUGGUAGUCCGCCUACAUCUGCCGCGUCGUCACCGUCAUCGUCUCCAAGCACCAAUAGUUUUGGAAGCUCGGCAGCGUCUUGGGGCACCGCGUCGACCUUCAGUGCGAGUACGCUCGCCAGUUCGAUGGCGUUACACCCCAGCGCGGCGUCCUACAGUGCUGCUACAAGCAGCUCAAGCACGAGCAACAGCGGUAUGUCCUCGCCAGAGGUCGAUAUGGCAGACGCGCUGGAGGUGUUUAAAAGCCAUGUCGCCGCCACGCCCACACUUCUCACAACUCCCACACCCACACCACCACCCUCGCAGCCGCCACAGCCCGUGACCACGGCCCCCAUCGCCGCGGUCACCCCACCCCUAUUCCCAGGCUUAGGCUACCUACCAUCCAAACCCCUACCAACCCAAAAGGCGACGACAAUAGCCAAACUCCCCUCCAAACCGCGCUCCACCACCCCCUCUCUACCCCCCAAAUCCGCAUCCAAACCCGACGUCGAGCUAGGCAUGGGCUCUUUCUCCGCCUCAAAAAUUACCUCCUCCUCUACCCUCGUCUCCGCGUUCAGUAACCCCCAUUUCAAGACCUUCUUCGCCUCCGAAAUAAUCUCUCUUCAAACCCAUCUGCAGUCCAACAAGGAAAUUCGGGGCUCUGAUCUCGUGUAUCUUAAUAGGUCGCUGAAGUGGGUCAUCGAUGCCGAGGAGGCAAAGUGGUUUAAUCCCGACAUUGACUUUGAGAGCGAUGAUGUGGCGGAUUGGAGGGGGAAACUGAAUGUUUUUAUGGAGGUUUUGGGGGGUGUUGUUAGAGAGAGUGGGGAUGGGGUGGCGAAGGAUACGAAGGAGAGGAUUGAGAAGGUGUUUGGGCUUUUUGCUGAUGAGGAGGAGGUGAAUGAGGGGUAUAGAGAGGAGGCGGCACCGUGA